UUUAGCAUGGAACUAAAGGAUGUAAUGGAGGCGAGAUAGAGAGGAUAUGCAGUGUUUAUGUAAUGCUAUUUUAGGACACCUGCUCUGGUCUAAACAUAUUUCAUCUUUUAUUUCCUUCUUUAAACCUGUUAUUACUCCCCCCCACCGUACAAUCUCGCCGCUCCAUGCUAACUUGCUCACUUCAUCUCAAUCACACGGCGAAACACGCACGCUCACGUACAGCCUCUGCCGCGCGCUCACACACUCGAUCGCUUGCUCUGCUGCUCUCCUGCCUCCCCCCACACGCACACAUAUACACUCACACACGCACAUAUACACACACCCCUUUCAUAAGGUGCUGGCAGCAGCAGUGUUAGCAGAAGCGACGAUAGCAGCAUUGAAAGAGGAGGAAGCCUCGGAGACAAGAUGUAGUCGUGUGAAUGAACGCGUAGCCUCGCAGCGCCGUCCUCCUUUACUGUGGAAUUACUGCGGAACAAAAGAGGAGGACCAUUAUUCUGCAUCUGCAAUUGCCGUUUUUCUACCUACCCCUCCAUCGCGCUUUUUCCGCCCUCCCCUCGCGCGUGGCGUCGUUUUCAACGGAGGCUAGUGGCAGAGCUGGGGAGGAGGGAGGCUGACACGGGCUCGUCUGCAGACUGAGAUCACCAAAGCUUCGAGGUCACCUCAGAGGCCAUUCCGUUGUUUCUUCUUUUUUUCCCCACUCCCCCUUUUUUCUCUUUCCCAGGCGGGCCUUUUGUUUUUCAGCAGACUUGUCCGAGGGGGUUGCCGCCGCUGUGCUGAAUUGGGCUAUUGUUGAACAGGCAGGCCUCUAUCUCGCUCUCUCUCUCUCUCUCUCUCUCUCUCCCUCCAAAAUACACUCCUUCCCUCAUCCACCUCUCCUCCUCCUCUGGCUGCCACUUGUCACUCCAUCCUUUCAUUGUGAUGCACCUUGCUUAAACUUGUAUGUGUAUUCAUCCAUACGCACGCGCCAUCCGGAACCAUCUUCACGUUUCUCCUUGUCUUCCACCGCCGCCUCCCCAUUGCCCUGCUUUUUUGCCAUCCCCGCAGUGCCUCAGAGUUAGCGACGUAAUGUGCCCUUCGUGGCAUGUGAAUCCGGAUGUUUGGCAGGGGAUCGGCGGGAUACAUUCAAGCCAAGGGUGAUGCCUCGGAGGACAGCCCGGCCCAGCGCUCCCACGCCCACCUCGAGCCAGCCCGCCUGUCACUGAGCACGCCCGCGUGUCAUCCCCAGUUUGUGUGUGUAUGUGUGCGUGCGCGCGUAUGUGUGUAUAUGUGUACGCACGUGUGCAUGUGCGAGAGCGCCCUUAUCAUGACUCAAGCCUGAUCCCUGGACUGGGGUGUCCCCUGCAAAUGUGGGGGAGGGACUGAACCUCAGGUUGCUCCCCACCCCCUCCCUCCCUUUACCCCCUUCCCUCUCUCCCCCUUCCCCCUUCUUUCGUGGGUAACCUGCCCAGCAUGAAGAAGACCCGCAGCACCAACCUCAGGCGGGCAUGGCCCGGCUCGGAUCUAUCGGAGCGGGCCUUGGAGCGCAUUCGCUCUCGUAGUGAGAAGGACUACCACCACCAUAAGCACUUUCCACCCGCCCCUCCUCCAACCCACAUCUCCCCUUCUCCACGGGGCUACAUAACACCAGGCGAUGUAUCUCCUAUCAGUAUGUCACCCAUCAGUCAGUCUCAGUUCAUCCCACUGGGAGAGAUUCUGUGCCUGGCCAUCUCAGCCAUGAACUCUGCCCACAAGCCUGUCACACAAGAUGCGCUGAUGGAGCACCUUUCCACCUGCUUUCCAGGUGUACCCACUCCGAGUCCAGAAAUCCUGCGGCACACACUGAACAUGUUGGUACGGGAGAGGAAGAUCUAUCCCACACCAGAAGGUUACUUCAUUGUUACCCCACAGACCUACUUCAUCACCCCCUCCCUCAUCCGCACCAACAGCAAGUGGUACCACCUGGAUGAGCGGCAUCAAGAUCGACAACAGCAACAACAACAACUUCAGCAGCAACAACAGCCAACCCCGCAACAGCAAUGUACAUCACCACAAUCCGGAACCAUCACUCCAUCCACCUCUGGCUGUGUGCGAGAAAGGCCUAACCCUAAGAACCACAGUGAAUCCUAUAAUACAUACCGUGAUGAGGUGACCAACCUACAUACAUCCACAAGUCAAAGGAAGUCCCCAAAGGAACCCAAAGGAGAUCCCCCUUCAUACCCACAACCCCCACCCCCUCCGCCUGCCAUUCAGCACCCCCCUGACCCCACAGACAAAUGCAAAAGCAUGACAGCCACUAUUUCUUACAAGACAGACACACUGACCAAGAAGAAGGAGGGCAAUGGUGGGGGCAGCAGUGAGAGGCAAUCUAAAAAGUUUGGGCUGAAGCUGUUCCGCUUGAGCUUUAAAAAGGACAAGACCAAACAACUGUCCACCUUUUCAGCACAGUUCCCUCCGGAAGAGUGGCCUCUAAGGGACGAGGACACGCCAUCAGCCACAGCUAUCCCUCGUGAGGUGGAGAUGGAGAUCAUCCGCCGCAUCAACCCGGACCUGACGGUGGAGAACGUGGCCCGCCAUACAGCCGUCAUGAAGCGGCUGGAGGAGGAACGUGCUCAACGCUGCAAGGCCAGCUCGUCUGCACAGCACAGUGCCCGCAGUCGCCGCAGUCGAGGCCACCGGCGCGUGCCUCAUGGGAAGUCGCGUUCGCACAGCAAGACACGGGCUUCUAGGGGAGACCCCUCUGAAGGCCCCAAUCUCGAACUUCAGGCAGUUAGUCUGGAAAGGGACUAUCGUUUUUUUAGCCACUCACUAGUACGUUCGCCAAGAGAGGGAAUGUACACGGUGGAACGCAGGAGUGGUGGUGCCUACCUUGUCCACAGCAAUCCCAACAUUGCUGAGUCGCACUUUCCUGUUACCCCAGAGUGGGAUGUAUCGGGGGAGCUUGCAAAGAGGCGGACAGAGAUGCCUUUCCCCGAGCCUUCACGUGGGACGUCGCAUUCAAGGGUGCACCGUAGCCACAGCCACACGCAGGACCGCAAGUCACGCAAUGAGCGGUCUGAUAAGGCUAAAGAGCGAUCACGUUCUAUGGACAACUCCAAGGGCCCACUGGGAGGUGGGAGCGCCACACUUGGCACAGCUGAGGAUUAUGACCGCAGUCCAGAUGACAGAAGCCGUUAUUAUACUGAUGAUGGGACGCUGAGGGCCUCCUCACAAAAGGCCCCGCACUACUCGUGCAUCAUGUUCUCUGCUGCCAAGUUCAGUUCUGAAAUGUCAGUACCUGACAUGGGCAAAUUGAGCCUGGAUGAAGCAAGGCUUUGCAGCCCUCUUGAACGAAAUAAGAGUAGGGACAGCUUGCCAGCCUACAGUGACCUGAAGGCCCUAUCGCCAAAGCCUUUGGCUGAUGACUACUUCCAGUGCAAUACAUCGAAUGAAACAAUCCUUACUGCCCCACUGCCCCUGGGCAGAUCUGACCAUGACACUUUAACCCCAUCUGACGGAAUACGCAAGGGCUCUCCCGCUGACCGGCAGACACCGCACCUCACCUCGCCUCACCCCUUGGAGUACAAGGAGGACUCCUCCACCAAGGGCCACAAUGGUUCUGGCAAACCCACACCAAGCCAGACCCCUGAGCCUAUGCCCAAUGGACGUUUGAUACAGCACCAACACAACACUGACCCUGGGGGUGGCGGAGGUGGGGGUAGCACUGGUGGUGGGGUGGACAAGAGGAAAGAGAUUUUCAGUAAGGACACUUUGUUCAAACCGCCACACAAUAUUUUAACUGUGAGCUAUGUGGACGUCGGCUACUCAAAGUCAGGCACUUUGCGAAAGACUCCUCAUAUGAAAUCAUCUGAGGUCAUCGAUGCUCUGGAGACCCAAGAGUCGUCUAACUCCGCCCCUUUGUCCGCUUCUGCUCCGGCACCCACAGCCUCGGAACAGGGUGCCCCCUCAACAUCUGAGGCUGCUUUUGACUAUUACAACGUGUCAGAUGAUGAUGAUGAGGAAGUGGAAGAGGCCUCCCAUAAAGAGGCAGCACCAACGGAGGCAAAGGGUCGGGCAGGGGCUGGGGAGGGUGGCGGAGGAGGAGGGACAAUGCAGUGGUUGCUAGAACGGGAGAAAGAGCGGGAUCUGCAGCGGAAGUUUGAGAACAAUUUGACUCUGCUUAGCCCUAAGGAGAGCGAGAACAAUAACACCCAGAAGUCGGCUCACUCAGCACGGCUGGACAGCAUGGACAGCAGUAGUGUGACUGUGGACAGUGGGUUUAACUCGCCUCGCACACGAGAAAGCUUGGCAUCCAACACCUCAAGCAUCGUGGAGAGUAACCGGCGACAGAAUCCGGCCCUAAGCCCAGGCCACAUGGGUACCACCAGCAUCGCCCCCCCAUUCAGCUUCCGCGCAAUCCCACAGCCCCCUACCACGCAAUCUGAGAAACUGCAGAAAUCCCCCAACUGCCUUGCCUCUAUCACCAGCGUCUGACCUGGGCCCAUCUGGGGUAACGUAAGGCCAGGGUGAUCUGCAACGUUGGGGUGCCUCAGUGCAGGAGGUUGGAUGACUCCCUCCAUCAAGCACCUCGACUACAUGGGGACUGUUAAACCCACAGGCAUGACUUCCAGAGACUGUUCCUACAGCAUAAAAAAGGUCACUGCAAAAAAAAGGAAAAAAGAGGAAAAAAAGGAAAUUUCUCAUCAUAGGAUUUACCUUAACAAGCAAUUAAUCAGGAAAUUCUCCAGUUGGAAUCAAUCAUUUUUUUCAAAGUAGUCUUGAAGUAACUGGUAAUUUAACAAUGCUUUAUUUUCCGCAGUAUUUUUUGUCAGUCACAGAUUAGAGAUCAUCUUGCCAAUGGAUCGCGUUGUGCACGCAUUAAGAAAUAGAUGCUGAUGUGCAGGUCUAACGUUUUACAGAGGAAGAUUUGUGAUAUUGGUCAACAAGUUUAAAAAUGAGGCAUAAAAGCUCUCAUCUGAGCAACACUGAAUUCAUUGUUCGUUGUAUGAUAUUCCUAAAAACAAACCCAUUUGUCAUGACGCUAUUAGCUACAUGGUAAAACAAUAAGAUGUACACUCACAUGCUUGAUACAAACAAUACAUAGACUGAAUUAGCGAAAAAAUGAUCUCGUUCUGAAAUUAAAAUAUUUAUUUAGGAAAAAUGACUUUUUUUAACCCAAGUUUAUUGUGCACACAAGUUCUUUGUAUGCCACUUACCUAAUGGAUUCCUUACCUGGCUCAUUAAAGUUAUAUCCAUAUUUAAUCUCAGGUCAUGAAUAGUUACUCUCCUAAGAAGAGAUGAAAUCUCAUCUGUCAGACUGGAAUCAUGUUUCUCUGGAUUUUUUCACCAAAUAUUUGUUUCUUAAGGGAAUGAAACACUAUUAGUGGACAAAAAUGUAAAUGAUUUCUAUUUGGUCAUAACAUUGCUCAUACGUUUUAUUUAAUGUGAAGGUCAUUUUCAUUUUAUUCCCUGUAGAACUAAAAAAGACAAAACAUCAGGUGUUUUGCGCCAGCGUGAAUCAGAUACAAGUUUUACAGCAGCGUGAAUCAGAUACCUAGUCUCAUGAACCAGAACACUUGUGUAUGUCAUUGUUGGUUUGGAAACAUGCUUGUCUUCUGUGUAGCUCAAUGGCUCUAUUUGUUGCUGCGAGAGAUGGAUGUCAGAAAUGGCAGUGUCGGAAACAGGGGUUCUCUGUCUAGAACGUCCAUAGCUCCAUGGAAAGAUCAUGCAGUUCUCUUCCUUUGGGCCGGUGGGGAGACUUGGCCCCUUUGCUGCUCUGAUAAAACCUUUAUUUUCUCACAUUUUCUCAAUUUAAACCAUAGUGAAUAAAUUUUUUCCAUGGGAUUUGUGCUGUUUUGGACAAUUACUCGAACCCCGACCUGAGUGAAAACUACAGUCCACAGAUAAUCUGGUUUAAAAUCGUGCUACAGCAAACACAUUACAUGUAUCAUCUCGACCCCUUGUUUUUGUUCAGUGUUUGUUUCAGGUUAAAGCAGAUGAUUCAAUGAAGGUAUGUACAAAUAAUUUGCUCCACUGUUAUUUCUUUUCAAUGUCAGAGAUGGAAAUGGAUCACAUACCGUUUUGAACUGCCGUGUCAUAUAUAAAGCUCAGGUCCAUGAGCGAAGGCCCAAGAUCGAAUUAAACAUGAAAAUACUUGAUUUGAACAUUUGGACUAUGGCUUUAACUGUUUGGCAUGACAUCUCAAGAGUGCACCAGAACUAAUGGCCUUGUCCCUUCUGGCAGUGACUCGGUGAGAAUCGGGAAAGAGAGCAGAGCUCAUGUCACAUCCAUUGGUGCUAUUAUGUGGUGAUCCUCCCUUUUUCUGUUCUUUUUGUUCUCUAUGCCCUCCAUAUGGACUCCAUUGCUUUUGAUGAGUGUUCAGGUGGAUUUUCUCCAACGGGACUUCUUGUUGUGUUUGAGUCAAAGACGCUCAGCUCACUCCCUCUCGCUCGAACAUUAUGAACACACAAACACAUACACCUGCAAUCAGCCAUGCAAACAACCCCACAUACAUGCACAUAACUAGCUACCUCCACCACCUGUGUAACAACAACGUAGGGACGUGUACAGAUUUGGAUUCUUUGCUUGUGGAACACAGCGCUAACAACCUCUUCUCUGUGAAUGUUGACAAGGAGCGGCGGACAUUGUAACUAAGAGGACUUAUUCUAAAUAAUCAGUAUUAAGUGCUGUAGUUUAAACUCGAUUUUUCUCAGUUUAUGACAGAAGUGUCUUUUACUUAUUUGCAAAUUGUGUAUAAGCCUGUCAAGCACCGCAUUAACAAACAUUUACAUUUUCAGUUCUCUGCUGUUCAAUUCUAGUUUAUUUGCAAUGCUACUAGACAGAGGCAACGGUCACAUCACAUUCACAUCCCAUAUUCCAGAUGAAAUGAGCACCUUAAUAGAUUCAAUAUUCCAAAUCACAACCGACUUUCUGGCAAUACUGAGUCAGGUCGCCCACCUAAUAUUUAUGAGGUCAUUGGUUAGGGUCCAGGCAGCCUCUUAGACCCUCUUAUUGGAGGUGGGAUGAAGUUUAUCCUAAAGACAAGAGCCUCAUAUAUAAUUGUAUAUCAUUCCUAGACAUCCUAAGAUCAACAUUUGACUGAGCAAGCACCUCAUAACAUCUAUAAAUAGAUCUACAAAUGGAUCAUUUAUAGAAUCUUUUUGACAACGCUUUACUUACAACACAAAUCAAAUGAAUCCAUUCAAAUUAUAUGAUGGUUUAGUGACAUAUAGUCUAACUUUGUGUUCUUUUACUUAGUAAAACUCUGAUUUUUCUCUCACAUAUUGUGAAAUUUAGUUUUAUUUCAGUCUCCUCCUCAUCUGAUAAUCAUAUUUCUCUUUGGUUUCUUGCUUUGGUUAUUGAUAGACGAAAGGGAGUAAUGCAGCCAAGACUGCCUUGUAAAAAACAUGUUUGCACUGAAAUGCCUGGCCUCUGGUUGCUGUUAAGUUCAUCCAAGACGGAUGCUUUGUUUAUAUUGUAAAAUAUUUCAUAUGAAAUAAAAAUGACCAUGAAAUGUCUUCCCUUAACAUUAUGGAUUUUAGAACCACGUCAGACAACAUUGUUUCUAAAUGGUGACAGUGUACAGUAUCAUACUGUAAAUGAAAUCAAUCUGCCAUGCUUAGUAUAACUUCAAAAGAAAACUGAAAGAUACGAGGGAUCUUUUUGUAAUGUCUAUAAUAUUUGAAAAGAAGUCCCUAUUUGUGUAGUAAUGGUGUUUCAUUGUUGUGGUAGUGUAUGUGAUAAACCCAGUUGGGAGAUUGUGUUACUUUUUAAGACAAUAAAAUAACAUGU